AUGACCUCCGACCGCGCCUCCCCCACGCCCUCCGACGACUCCUCCGACACCCCCGUCGAGCUCGAGGCCGGCGAGCUCGACGAGUUCCCGCGUCCUGGCGGCUCCGCCCACAACGCCCCACCCGACUACCCUCAGGGCACGUCGUCCUCCCAGCACAGCGGCUUCUUCUCCUCCCUCUCCGCGGGCCCGAAGCGCCGCCUCGGGGGCAACACGUCCUUCAUGGGCCUGGGUGGGACGCGCGACACGAAGAGCAGGCGGAAGGACGGAGCUCGCGCGGGCGGGCCUGGGAGCCACCACGGCCCGUCUGGGGUUGGGUGGGAGGCGGGCACGAUGGGGAGGGGGCGGGUAGACGAUCUGGUCGAUGUGGGGCUAAUGGAGCAGCUGAAGAAACAGUUUGGAGAUCCGUUCGACGACACGUUGCUCACGAAGGCGAACAAGACGCAGUGA